UGAGUGCACAACAAUUACAGAGUGCUCUGUGGAAAUGAAUGCUCAGUUUAUGAAAUACUUUGCAAUUAUUUGCAUAGCUUCAACUCUUUUGAACACGCAGGCUGACUGUGCUGCUAUUGGGCCAAUGGAGGCUGUGCUCCAGAGAGUCCGAAGAAUGACUCCUCUCUGGAGAUGGAUCACUUACAGGCCCCUUGGAUCCUCUUGCAGGAGCAAUGGGGAGUGUAGCUCAAAAUAUUGCAGAGAGAAGCGCUGCAGCUUGACUACCUAUGAAGUAUGAAACUUAAACAACGUGUUUGUCAAGAAUCCCAGAUGUAAUAUAAACCAUUUUGACCAUUGUAUUUAUGUAAA